GGUUGGAAGUACGAAAACUUCCGGUGAACUUCCUGGUUUUGUUUGCAUAGCGGCUAACUUUGCUAGCUAUAUCAUUUCCAACUCUUUAAAACGCUCUUUGUAUGUCCGUGAGUCAAACUGUGUUGGAAACGUUAAAACGCACUCUCUCGUUGACAAGACCUGCAAUGGCUUGCUCUUAGUCAUGCAAGUAACGUUAGUUGAAAUGUAGUAACUGUUAGCUAACGGCUAACUUGACAGCUAAUGUAGCUAGGAUAGUAAUAGGAUGUGCCGUUAGGAAGUUAGCCAGCCAACACUGAUUAUGUUUCUGCUUAUUCGUCUGUUAUGCUUCUACUUGUUUUAAAUAACUUCUGCGCUAUGGACACCGAGGGAAUAGAGAUCCGUAUAAAGACUCCCGUCGGGGAUAUGGACUCAUCCGUGGACUGCCCAUCACUUUUGAGCUUCAAUGACUUGUUGGUCGCUAUAAGGGAUGUCAUGCCCGAAACCACAAUCACUGCGUUUGAAUAUGAGGAUGAGGUGGGCGAUAGAAUCACUGUGAGGAGUGAUGAAGAACUCAAAGCCAUGUUGUCAUAUUACUGCAAUAAUGUGAAGGAGCAGCGGAUGAAUGGCCUACUGCCUGAGCCUCUCCAGAUAUUUCCUCGAGGUAUGUUGUGUGUGUGUGUGUUCUGAGCACUACAGUGCUGG